AUGCCAGCGGAAAAAAAGAGAAAAGUAAAGAGUAAAGAUGAGGGUGACUCAUCGCCUCCCACACAAUCCAACACUGUCUCAACUCCCAAGAGGCUCAGUUGUCGACAAUGCCGUACCCGUAAAAUCAAAUGCGAUGGAAAUAGCCCUUGUCUGGGGUGUAUCAAAGCCUCCAUAGAAUGUAUUCCCACUGUCGGUGAUAUGCGAAAGAGACGUCCUCCUGCCACGUACGUUCACAAACUUGAGGGUCAAAUCAAUAGUAUCAAGAAAUUCAUCACAGAUUUGAAAUCCUUGGAGCCUGAAAAACAGCUUGAGAAAUUAAAGGAGACAGACUUGAUUGAAUUGGUCAAUGGGCCAGAGUCGUCAUCAUCUGUGCCUACUGAUUAUACCCAAACUGCUUCUCAGGAUUUACAAGACGAUGUUGAAGAGAAUAAAGUCAUUUAUGGUCCUACUUCGGUAUACGAUAAUCACAUUAUUGCGAAUGACAAUCGGGCACCAAAGAGAGAAAAUGAAGUUGCUGUUAUCAAUACAUUGAACAAAGACCCCGAUAUUCUUAAAUGUAUUCAAUUAUAUUUCACAUGGCAGUACCCUGAUCACAAUAUGUUUAUAUUUCGCGAGGCGUUUUUGAUUGACUUUUUUGACCCAAAAGCCAGUAGCAUUUACUGCUCCAAAACAUUGAUAUUGAGUAUUUGUGCUCUAGGUUCAAGAAUGUCUGAUGAAGAAAGAAUUUAUCGUCGGUCAAGGGAAUUCUACCGCGAACUGAAGUCAAUAUUAUUAAGCACACUUAGUCAACCGUCAAUUGCAUCACUUCAAAGCUUUAUGGUGCUUGCAUUUUUUGAUAUUUGUAAUGGACUGAAUUCAAGUGGGUGGAUGCUUCUGGGAAAUGCAAUGAGAAUGGGGUUUGAUAUUGGAUUCCAAUUGAAUCCACAAGUAUGGUUUGUCAAAUCCAAGGAAAUCUUGAAUCCUUUAGAUAUGGAGAUUAGAUCAAGAAUUUAUUGGGGAUGUUAUAUGGCUGAUCAUUUUAUCAGUUUAGUUCUUGGUCGACCUUCUAUUUUAAAGAUGGCUGACUCGUCGAUCCCGGAAACGGCUGAUUUACCUGAUUUGGAAUGGAUUGAUGAUUUCACGUAUGACGGAUUCAUUAAAAAGAAACGAGGAAUUGCCACUAGCAGUAAAUCAAAAGCAGUAUCAUACAUCGGUGACCCGUUGAAUCAAAUCAUCAACUUGAUUAAUAUUUCCGAUAACAUGUUGAAUGAUAUAUUCACUAAAUCAGAUGUGGAAAAUGAUCAAUCAAAUGAAGAGGAGCUAGAUCUAGAGUCAAGAUUGGAAAAAUUGUUUGAAUACAAUGCUCAAAUCCAACAAUGGAAACAAAACUUGCCAUCGGAUUUGCAAUGGAAUAAGGAUUCGUUAGCUAGCACCGGUGAAAAUCCAACCUAUUCGGGAAUCCGCUACUAUUAUUAUAUUCUCCUUCUUUGUUUGAAUCGUCCAUUUGUGGGACUAGAAUCCGAAAAGCUCAAACUAGACAAUCAUUUAUCACCCUUGACUAUUUGUCUCGAUGUGAUUGAGGAUCUAUAUGUAUCGAUACAUCGAUUCGAACAAGAACAUGGCUACAAGCGAGCGUCAAUUUUCAUUGUUUAUUCAUCAAUUUUAUCCGUCUCCAUUAUCUUGUUGACAAAUGCCAAUAUUUCCCAAAUCAAUCAGCAUCGUGACCAAUUACAAUUUUUCAUGUCAGUAUUACAUGGAUGUUCCAAGACUUGGAAAUUAGCGGAGAAAUCAUACAAUAUAAUCAAGGAAAAAUUAAAGCAUCGAUCUGAGAAUGGCGAAUUGAAUGAACGAGGCACCGUAUCGAAGUUGAGUGAUGCCUCCAAGUCGGAUGAAGUGCCGAGUAGCGCCACAAGUGGCGCAAGUGGAACAGCUGGCACCACUGCAUCUUCAGUUCCAAUCAUGAAAGAUACACCUCUGAUUAAACAAUCACCAAUGUCGAGUGUUGAUUCGCAAAAUUUCACAAAUAAUUUGUUGCUUGAUGAUAAUAUUGAUUUCCUUGGUGGUCCGCCAGUUCUUAUGACUUCUGACUUAUUUAAUGAAGAUUGGGAAUCAUUGUUCCCUGAUUAUUUGUUCCAUAGCAAAAAUUAG